AUGGUUUAUGAAGGUUCCCCUGGGAAGCAUUUGCACUUUCUAGUCAGUGGGGAUGCAACACUUCAUCUAUUAAUCCAGCGGUAUUCUUGGCAUUUGAUGAUUUUAGAUACAAAGCAAUACAUUAGAGAAUAUAAUAUUUAUCAACGUGUCAAUCCAGCUACACUUAAAAUGAUACCUGAACUACACCCAGUUCCUCUACUAAAAAUGGUUUUUAGACAAAUUGGAAUCGACUUAAUUACAUUGCCAGAAGUUAUUGGUUAUCGGUCUGAAGCAGUUGCCAUUGGUUAUUUAAGACUUACCAACAUGAAUAACCUACAAGCUGUUACGUUUUUUGAAGUCAUUAAAAACUAUCAUAAACAUAUUAAUGAUGAUUUUGAACAACCUCAGAUUGUUAUACCAACACUUAGAGCUUAUCAGCGUAGAGCUGUAAAAUGGAUGGUUGAUAGAGAAAAAAACAACAAUUUUGUAAAAUGUGAUGGGUCUCCGUUUAGUGGAGGCAUUUUAGCUGAUGAGACGGGUCUAGAAAAAACUAUUGAAAUGUUAUGUUGCAUCAUGGAAAAUACAGCACCUCCUGAAUUUUAUAACCAAAAAGUUGUGAUUAAAGACUGUAUAAAAAAACUAUUUGGUCAAAUCCCAUGUAGACCAUCGACGAGCAAAUAUAUAGAAUACACAAACGAAAUAGGUCUUGCAGUAAAAUCAAAAGUACCAAAGAAAAUCAUUAAUGAAGAUACUCAUAUUGUUGCGUGUUAUUGCAAGACAACAGUACCGAAAAGUAUCUUAGUGUAUUGUGCAAUGUGUGGUAAAGGCCAGCAUGCACAGUGUGUACAUUUUGAACCAAAACCAUUUCAAGAAGUGCCAUACUUGUGUUCUGAUUGUUGGAUUGUAAAUUAUAGAGUGCAGUGCAAGGCUAGUUUGAUUGUUGUACCACAGUCUAUUUUAAACCAGUGGAUUGACGAGGUAAUAUUAAAUAUUUAG